AUGAACCUCCUCCUCAUCAACAGAAGACCAAGGAGAGAACCCCUUCUCAUCAACAGAAGAACCAAGAGAAUGAACCACCUCCUCAUCACAGAAGACCAAGGAGAUGACCACCUCCUCAUCAACAGAAGACCAAGAGAAGAACCACCUCCUCAUCAACAGAUGACAAAGGAGAAGAACACCUCGCUCAUCAACAGAGACCAAGGAGAUGAACCACCUACCCAACAGAAGACCAAAGGAGAUGAACCACCUUCACAUCAACAAGGGCAAGGAGAAGAAACCUCCUCCCUCAGCAACGGUGAGGAAGACCAAGAGAUGAACCACCUCUCCAUCACGCGGGGAAGACUAAGGAGAUGA